AUGGAUUAAGGUUAAGAUCAAUAAGUUGUGGAUAAGGAUGAAGAGAUCAAGCAACUAAAAUUGGAGCUAUAGGAAUGCAGAGAAAGGGAAAAGCGAUUUAAAGAUAUCUCUCAACAUCUGACUCAAUUAGAGACAAGAUAUAAUAAUUUGAAGGAUUAAAAAUAAAUAAGUGAGUAAUAGUUGAAAACAUAGAUUGAGUAAUAUCAGAAAAUGGUGAAGAUCUAACAGAAGGAGAUAGAAAAUUUGAAAUAAUAAGUUUAAGAAUUGGAGGAUGAACUUGUAGAGAAUGAGGAAUAAUAGAAGUAGCCAAACAAAAUAAUCGCAGAUGAAAACAUUGCGAUUCAAAAAUUAAAUAGUGAGAAAACAUAAUUAGAUGAAGAAGUGAAGGGAUUAAAAGAGAAAAUCAAAUAAAUAAAACAGGAGUAUGAUAGUAUAUCCAAAGACUUCUUGUCCUUAAGUAAGCAAACGGAUGUAACCAAAAGCUAAUUUGCUUAAAUUAAGGAGGAAUUGGUUUAGAAAACUCAAGAAUUGAGACACACAAGAAGACAAUAUCAAGAGGCUUUGAAUUACAUUAGCCAAUAGCAACCAAAUUCAAAUGCUUCAUUCCAAAAUAAUUCAGCAGUGAAUGAAUUAUCAUAGGCUAAUCAAUAACUGCAGACUCAAAAUCAAUAACUAAAUAGAACGAUAUCAAAGUUGAAAUAAGAUUUAGACCAUGUUAAGAAGGCUCAUCAAGAGGUUUUGAUUGAGGCUGAUAUGUUGAGUAGAAAUUUAGAAUAAUCAUAAUUAUCGAGUGAAUAGAGUAAAAAUCAGAAAGAAGAUAUUUCUUAGGAGUUGGAAAGAGUGAUUAGAAUUGAGGAGUAGCAAUUUUCAUAACGAAUAAUGUUGUUGAGAUCUCUGAAAGAUGAACUAUAGGAUACGAAAUCAAGAAGUUUGUUGAAUUUGAGAAGAUAUAAUUAUUGA